CGUAAUGGUUUUCUAUUGUUAGGUAGAUGAUGAGAAAACAUAGCAGCUGAACAUUGACCAGUCUAAAGACGAUUUCGGACUUGGGUUUGCGCAAAUUGUAAUUACCGCGGCAACACCAAUGGAAGAAACUGAACGUCCAUUCUCGGAAUUGGAAGAAACCGCUGAUGACACAGUGAAAUCGACUGAUGGUGAUUUACUUUCAAGCACUACUACACAAGUAAGUGAAAGUGACUACAAAGAAACUACUGUAAAAAUGGAUGAAAGAGAAGAACAAGAAAUUACAGAAACGACCGAAGAUAUUGAAAAGAAAUCAACAGUUGAUGACUUACCAACUAAUUCAGCACCAUUUCCAAUUAGUGGCAGCUGUGGAAGUGAGGGGGACUCAACAUCCGGUCCAAGUACAGCAGAUAAUUCUCAAUCUAUACCAUCUCGUGGUAUCGUAAUCAAAGUACAAGCAACAGAAGAUAUUGAGAUCGUGCCAGAAAAAAUGGUAAUAGGAGGAAGGGAAUGACUAGAUCUCGGGCAUCCUGAUUAUCCUACCUUAUCAAAUAAACUGGCUCUUCCGAAAAAUCAUCAAAAUAAAUUCCAGUAUUUACUGAAAUUUUGGAAAUCUCCAGAUGUUAUUGCAAAGAAAGACUAAUGAAUAACGGGACAACUAAACGAUUUUUAUGUGGAUAUUAUGUACACAACUUUUUUGCUAGAUGAUACUCUAGUGAACUAUUUAAAGAAAGGUAUUGCGACUUUUGCAACCUAUUUACAAGACAUUAAUGUACAGUCAUAAGGUGAUAAAGAAAAUUGUCAAUACCUAUAAUAGAUGAAAACUUUUAGUUGUUUGUGUACAUUAUAAGAGAAUUAUAAUGGUGUUGCAUGUAAAAAAAUUAACGGUUUUAUUCAUUUUUUAUAUAUAUUGUUGUCUGAUUUUAUGUAACUUUUAUUUAUGAUAUCCAUGUUCUGAAAAUCCUUUAUCCCUGUUACAUGUCGAUAUAAACAAAAUAAAAGUAUACAAAAAACUGUA